UAUUUUGGGAAUACGUCAAACGAUGCUUCACAAGAUUGUUGCCGUUAGCAUUUUUUUGGGACUCGUAUUUGCCGAUCCUGUACCAGAGAUUUCUUCUCCCUCAGCCAAGGAAAUGGGGUUCUUAUCGACUUUAAUUCAAGGCCAAUCACCAGACCAGUCUUCAGAAUUAGCAAGAAUUGAACCUACACUCGUAUUAGACCUCAUCAAUGCAGCUAUAGGCUACAAAUCUUCAGCGCUUCUGAUCGCCGUGGACGUCAUCGAGUGGCUGGUGUCAAAAUCCGUCAUAAUUGUUAUCGGGGCUAUCCUCACCAUCGGGUUCUGCAAGCUGACCGACAAGUGCAACUGGGACUGGGAGCAGUACGUGCCGGUCGCGCAGUUCCGUAGUCUGGCCACGCCCGAGCGCCUGGCGAGGGCCGAACAGUUCCUGGUCUCCGCUGUCGAGAAAUACGCGGAAAAAAAGAAAACUAAUCGUUCUAUGAAUUCGUUGUAGUUAAGUAGGUUCAAAUAUUUAUUAUAUUUAUUAAAAUAACAACUUUAAAUA